AGCACCUGAGGCCUCUCGUCAUUUAACUCGAGCGCCUCUGAGAUCGCAGACAGCUUGGGAGCGGUCAGUGAAGGCAUUGUUGAGAAGCUUUGCUGCUGCUCCUGCUCCUGCUGCUGCUGCUGCUGUUGCUGCUGCUCCUGCUCCUGCUGCUGCUGCAGUACCUGCAGCAACCAACACAGCUGCUGCAGCAGCAGACGCAGCAGACGCAGCAACGUCAACGCCCAUUCUUUCAAGGGACAGCUCUUCCUCUAGUCUCCACCGGCAGCUACAGCAGCAACAGCAGCAGCAGUAUCUGCACCAGCAGCAACGACAACCGCAACCGCUGCAGCAGCAGCAGCAGCAGCAGGAAGAGGGGUUUGAAGUGUCUCUGCCCUUUGCCUUAAAGAGCGCCUACGCAAUCCCCCCCACCGAUCUGCAACACCGACAAGAGCCGCAGCAGCAAACAGCAGCAGCAGCAGCAGCAGCAGCAAGAGGAGACAGUGCCUCCUCACAGACGAAAGGAGACAGCAGCGUUGCUGGUGGAGACAGCAGCGUUGCUGGUGGUGAGGCCUCAAAAGGCCCGCAACCUCCUCCUCGCCAACGUAGCAGCAGCACUAGCAGCAACAGCAGCGGCAACACCAGCAGCAACAGCAGCAGCAGCAGCAGCAACAGCAGCAGCAGCAGCAGCAGCAGCAGCGAGGUGGGUUACUCAGGUGUACGGACUCCCUAA